AUGUUGGAGGCUACUCAGUCGCUGGAAACAAAACUGGCCGAUAUACAGGAUGCCAUCCAGGAUACGACCCAGCAGAGCGCUGCGAGGCAUCGCGAGGCUAAGGAUACCGAGUGCCUAAAUCACCUUUGCCUGACUGAUCCAAGUGCUGAUAAGUUGCGCAUAGAGGAACACAAAGGCGGCUUGUUCAAAGAUUCGUAUUCUUGGAUUAUCCGCCACGCAGACUUUCAGCAGUUCCUCGCCGAUCCCGACAUGCAAUUGCUAUGGAUCAAGGGCGCUCCAGGCAAGGGCAAGACAAUGCUCAUGAGUGGGAUAAUUAACGAGCUCAAAUCAACUGGACGGCUACUAUCCUACUUCCUUUGCGAACAGGCAAACUCCAAAAUGAAUAGCGAAACGGCGAUUCUUCGAGGCCUCAUCUUUGCUUUAGCGACGCAGCAGCCGCUGUUGCUCUCACAUUUGCGAAAAAAGGCGCCAGAAACGGCCAACGCGGUGUUAUUGGUGGAUGCGCUAGACGAAUGUGCCACCGGCCAAAGGCGAUUUCUCGAUUUCCUCUUGCAGUGCAAUCAGCUUAAACAUUACCGUGUAAAAUGGAUAGUAUCUAGCCGGAACUACUGGGCCGAUAUCGAGGAGAGGAUGCGCCGUAUGGAGCUGAAAUUGCAACCGCAGCUCGAGCUGAACCAGGAGUUGGUAUCGGAUGCCAUCAUUUCCUACAUAGCACACAAAGUCAAUAUCGUAGCUGGAGACAAGGGAUAG